GGCCGUCACCACUCCCCCCGCUCCCCGACGGGCGGGGCCGGGCAGCUGCAGCUGCUGCCGGAGGAGGCCGGAAAAUGGCGGCUGGGGCCCAGAUCCAGACAAGGCCUUGGUGUGAGGAAUUCCAGGAGGGCAGUGUGAUCUAAUGGCCAGAGCACUGGAUUGGGACUCGGUAUACCAGCGUUUUAUUCCCAGCUUUGCCACUGGCUUUGGAUCUGAAUUGCCUCCAGCUCUCUGCGUGCUGCUCCCUGGCUCUGAAAAUGCCUCUGUCCAUCCCCCACUUAGUCUGCCGGUGCUGCUUUUGGUGCAGAAGUGCCACACAACGGGCAUUUUCUACCACACUCUCAAACUGCUGCACCCCGACAGUGAUCCCAACAAUCCCGACCUGCACAGCCAGUUCAUCCAGCUGAACCAGGCCUACCGGGUGCUGAGCAAGGAGGGCAGCAGGAGGCUCUAUGACAGCCAGCGGGCCUGGCACGCAGCCUGGCCCACCACGGGCAGCAGCCCCAAGCACAGCCCCUUUGACUUCACAGACCUGGGACCCAGGCCUAGUACCAGUAGCCGAGGGCCUGACGAGAACAUGCGCUACUGGGAGCAGUUCCGUACUCACCAUGCCAAGACCUUCUCAGGCACCCAGGCCAAGCAGAGGCAACACUGGAACCGGCAGCUCUUCGGCUACUGCCUCUUCCUUAUGCUGGCCAGCAUGGCUGCCCACUAUGUGGCCUACAGGAAGCUGGAGGAGAUGCACAACAGCUUCAUGGACAAGAAGGACAUGCUCAUAACCAGCAUCUACAAUGAAUCCAAGGAGCGGGCCAGGGCCAAUGGCUUCCAGAAGCAGCAGGAGCUCCUGCGCCAGAAACACGCCGAGUUCACACAGCGCUACUGCAUCCGGCCCAGCGGGGACAGCGCCCAGAAGUGACAGGCGCUCUGGACACUAUAUGGGGGGGACUGGGUGCCACAGAUGCUGUAUGGGGAACACCUCACACACACACUUGUCCCCUCCCUUCAAUAAAUCACUGCCCAUGG